AUGGGUUGGUUACAAGAGGAAAGCACGGCUGGAGAGAUGACCCGUUCGGGAUACCUUCACCCACCCAAAUGGGCCAAAUGGGGUGCUACGGGCUUCACUUCGGGCUUCACUUCAGCACUUGGAAUGUCAUUCCAUCCCACUAACACCAGGAAGCAAGCCAACUACGCCAAGAACAAGUAUAUCGCUACAAGCCUACACUAUUACCGGAUGGGGAUCUGUGCCGGGGAUGAUGUGCCUGAUCAGCUUCCAUGGGUUCUGCUUCCACGGCUCAUUCGAUAG